AGCGAUGGCAGCUUCUCGAGUCCGCCACCCGUUGCUGAGGCGACUGGCAGCGCCCACCCAGCUGGGCUUCCACGUCGGCCCUCGCCCCCUGAGUUCCUCCGCGCAGGAGGCCUCCAAGGCAGCCCCCGCAGAAGCCCCAGACCACAGCUAUGAAUCCCUGCAGGUGACAUCUGCUGGGGCUCACGUCCUCCAUGUGCAGCUGAACAGGCCUGACAAGAGGAACGCCAUGAACAAGGCCUUCUGGAGGGAGAUGGUGGAAUGCUUCAACAAGAUAGCCAGGGACUCCAACUGCAGGGCUGUGGUGCUCUCAGGUGCAGGAAAAAUGUUCACUUCAGGAAUCGACCUCAUGGACAUGGCUUCCGACCUGCUGCAGCCCGAGGGAGACGACGUGGCCCGCAUCAGCUGGUACCUGCACGACCUCAUCACCAGGUGCCAGCAGACCUUCAGCGUCAUUGAAAAGUGCCCCAAGCCUGUGAUCGCCGCCAUCCAUAGGGGGUGCAUUGGAGGAGGUGUGGACCUUGUCACUGCCUGUGACAUCCGCUACUGCACCCAGGAUGCUUUCUUCCAGGUCAAGGAGGUGGACAUAGGCCUGGCCGCUGACGUCGGGACGCUGCAGCGACUGCCUAAGGUCAUCGGGAACCAGAGCCUGGUCAACGAGCUGGCCUUCACUGCCCGCAAGAUGAUGGCGGACGAGGCGCUGAGCAGUGGACUGGUCAGCCGUGUGUUCGCCGACAAGGAGGCCUUGCUCGAUGCCGCCUUCGCGCUGGCUGCUGAGGUGUCCAGCAAGAGCCCUGUGGCCGUGCAGAGCACCAAGGUCAACCUGCUGUACUCGCGGGACCACCCGGUGGACUUGGCGCUGGACUACGUGGCCUCCUGGAACAUGAGCAUGCUGCAGACCCAGGACAUCGUGAAGUCGGUGCAGGCGGCCAUGGAGAAGAAAGACCUGAAGAGCAUCACCUUCUCCCACCUCUGAGCUCCAGGCCCGGCCGCCCUCAGUGCCUGCCUCCUCCUGUGUACUAGGAGGAUUCAAGACGGGCCUCUAGUGCCCUCUCAGCGCUCUCAAGCCUUAUCACUUUAUGGCGUCCGUGUCCUCCCACCCAGGCUCUUAUCUUCACUGACAACAAUAAAGAAAGUUCUGGAGAG